AUGUGGUGGGGGUUGGGGGUGGUGGUGCUGGGGCUGCUGCUGGUGGUGGUGGUGGUGGUGGUGGUGGUGGCUAGCUGGCUGCCGCCAAACGGGCCUUCCUUUUCUCGAUUCGACUUCGGCCAAACUCCGCGCUUUGCUCUCCGCCACCACGCGGAUGUUCCGCGGUUCUUCUCCGUUUCCCCCGGGGACUUGUCGAUUUCACACUCCUCCGGUUGUUUUCCUUGCAAGAAAGAGAAGCGGUGGAAGUUCUGGAAAUUCACAUCUCAACCACGAUCUAUCGUGAUUGGAUUUGUUAAGUGGUACUUCGAAAUCCUCGUUUAA